CCUCACCCACCUGUGGAGUAGCAUUCUGUCGGCAUUCCCACUGUGUCCGCCGGAGAUUGGAAAGGGGGCGGCGUCUUCCCUCCUCGUCGCAGACGAAGGAUGCUGCAGUUCCCGGCGUUCAUGCGGCAGCUCCCGUCGCCGCCGCUGAUCCCUACCUCCACCCUGCUUCCCGUCGCUGCCCACGCCCAAAGCGACGAGGACUCCCUCGCCGUCUUGGAGUCCGAGCUCGAAGAGAAGUGGAGUGAAAUCAGAAAGACAAACAGUAACCUGCCUGUGAUGGGGAGAAAAAUUGUUGAUAGCAAGGAGGAACUCGAUGCUGGUGCAGAAGAUGAUGAUGUCGACAAUGUUGGGGAGUCUGAGGGUGAUGAGUUUGAGCAAGAAACUGGUUGAUGUAUUCCAAGAGGGUGUCAUCCUGAUCCGCAUACAGCCCAUAGGAUAUAAUUGAAUGGUGGGUCAGCUAUUGCGGAGGAGAUUCUCAUUUGAUAGGGCACUUCUUUGGAUAAGGGUUGGUAGCCGAAUCAAGUUUUGUUUACUUGUGUCAUAUAGGAAUGCGAUUAGGUUCCUCUACUCUUUGCUUUUCCUUGAAAUAGUUUUGUUGCCCGUACAUACUGGACUUUUUGAUCCCAUACUCUGCACCACGCUAUGGCUUGGAGAUCAAGCAUAGGAUUGGUAGCUGUAACUGCUGAUAUCAUUAAUAGCUUUCCAAAAAGCACAGAAAGAUUUCAGUAUCGAUCUCA